UGGAACUGUCUCUUUUCUUGCUCUUGUGCCUGACUCUUCUUUUUCUUGGAGGGAUAUAUCAGAAUUUCCGAAGAAUGGAUAUCCCUCCAGAUUGCAAUGAACCAUUCAAACUAUCAUUCUUUGGGCUUAUGGUAAAUGCUACGUUUUGUGUGGGUUCUAUUUUGGAGACAUUGGGAAUCUGUAAACAAAUGACGUUUGUUCGAAACUUGAUAUCUCUACUUGUAUUAAAGAAAGACCCAACACUGCAUAUCCGGGAUGCACAGUUUGGUCACGUUCCUGUACGAAUUUAUGAGCCAAAAAGUUCAUCCUCUGAGAAAAGAAGAUGUGUAAUUUUCUUCCAUGGAGGCCUUUGCAUGUUUGGGACAACUAAAUGUUACUCAUAUGUGUGCAGGACAAUUGCCCGAGAGAGUGAAUCGAUUGUUAUAGACAUUGAAUACCGUUUAGCUCCAGCGCACCCAUUCCCAGCCCAGAAAAUCGACUGCAUCACAGUCCUAGAACAUAUUCAAAAAGAAGCAGAAAAUUAUGGAGUGGACCCCAACCGCAUUAUCCUUGCAGGUGACAGCAGUGGAGGAACAAUGGCCGCAGCAGUUUGUCACAUUCUGGUGGCUAUGAAGGAUGUCGUAAAGCCCAGAGCUCAGGUUUUGAUCUAUCCACUCCUCCAAUCGUUGGACUUCAGUUUGCCUUCCUAUCAGCAAAACAAAUCUAUCCCCAUGUUGUACAGAAAACGGGCUGUUAAACUUGGUGUCAAAUAUAUAACCGAAGAUACUGUAGAUUUCGAUAGCAUUAUAAAUGGCGCCCAUGUUCCCGAUGAGCUGAGAGUGAGGUAUAGGAAGUGGAUUAGUGCUCAUCACAUUCCAGAUGAGUUUAAGGUCAGAGGCUACGUGCCACUGGAGCCUGCUCCAUUUUCCAAGAAACUUUACGAAGUCUGCAAGAUAACAUUCCAGGCAGAUUUUUCCCCUCUUUUAGUUGAAGAUGGCAUCAUACGCCAGGUCCCCGAGACUUUGCUUUUGACUUGCGAGUAUGACGUUCUUAGGGAUGAUGGGCUGUUGUACAAGAAACGGCUAGAAGACAAUGGCGUGCCAGUGACUUGGCUUCACCUAAAAAACGGAUUCCAUGGAAUCAUGUUUGAAGGCGAUAAGAUGCCCUUUUCAUUCAAAGAUGCAAAACCUGCAUGGGAAAGCAUAGCAAGUUUCAUUAAAAAGUUCUAAAAUGGAAAUCUUUACAUAAAACUAUCAGUGAAUAAACACAACAUGCAAUACUGCAUGACA